AUGUCAGUCGAAGCAAAAACAUUCACUAACAAAUAUAAUGGCGAAACAUUCACAAAAGGCACUUAUAACGGUAUUGAAGUCUUACGUAGAGACAAGGAUGGUUACAUUAAUGCAACAAAGAUGUGUCAGCAGUUUAGGAAAGACUUUAGAAAGUUGUUGGAAAAUAAGUCCUGGGAAGAGUAUUAUAAGGCGUUUUGUGAAGAAUAUAGCAACAGUCCGAAUUCCGGCGGUUGCUUUUUAUACAAAAUUCAUGCAGGAAAUUCUUGA